AUUUGCAGUGAAUGUGUGUAACAUAACAAGUACUAUGUGACUUUCAAGUGAUAUUAAUAGUUUGAAUGGCAGAUUGGAUUCGAUCCAAGUGUUUUGUGAACCGUAUAUGAUCUAGGGCGCCUGCCCUUUUAAGUCUGAUAAUUUUUAAAAUUUCAUCUAAUUAUGGCUGAAUAAUAAAAAUAAAUCACAAUGAACAAUGGAACAAGAAGGGCGUUGACAGGCUCAAUUCAUAAAAUCAGAGAGUUUGAACUUGAAAAGGUCAGCCUAGUUGAAGAAUUUGACAUAUUACAGAUAGUUGGAGAGGGUUGGUUUGGUAAAAUUCUUUUAGUUGAGCACCGAGCUUCAGAUACAGAAAUCGUACUCAAAGCGCUUCCAAAACCAUAUGUCUCUAUCAGAGACUUUUACAAAGAAUUUCAUUAUAGUUUACAUUUAAGUGCACAUAAAAACAUCGUCACCACAUUCGAUGUGGCAUUUGAGACAGCAGGAUUUUAUGUGUUCUGUCAAGAAUAUGCUCCAUUAGGUGACUUAACGUCAAAUAUGUUGGAUACUGGAAUCGGUGAAAUACACACGAAGAGAGUAGCAAAGCAAUUAUCUGCCGCACUUGAGCAUCUACACCAAAGGGAACUGGUCCACAGGGAUGUGAAACUUGAUAAUAUCCUUAUAUUCAAAUCUGACUUCUCUCGAAUCAAACUGUGUGAUUUUGGUGAAACCAGAAAAGUCCAAUCGGUGGUUAGAAGAAGAAACGAAUGGUUGCCGUAUUCACCUCCGGAAGUUUUAACUUUAUCAAUGGAUAGUAGUUACAAAGCUCUAAUUACCCACGAUGUUUGGCAGUUUGGAAUAGUUAUUUUCAUUUGCUUGACUGGAUGUUUACCUUGGCAGAAAGCUGCAUUUGACGACCCUAGGUAUACAAGCUACUUCAACUGGUAUAAUAGCUCAAAUCCUUUGAAAAAGCAGCCAAAACUAUGGAAAAUGGUGUCAUCAAGAGCACAAAAAAUGUUUAAGAAAUUCAUUGAACCUAGAGAGUUCAGAAGAGCUACAAAUUUCCAAGAAUUAUCUCGUUAUUUAGAUGAUCGGUGGAUGGCCAAAGGGUACACAGAUAGAGUCGCCAGCGGUGAUAUAGAUGAAUUAUGUCCAUCAAUGUAUAGUUUUCACAGUGACCCCAAUGAAAAAAAUAUUCUUCUGAAACAUUUUCGUGACAAUGGUAUAGAAACAACAGUUGAUCGACAAGUUAAGAAGCAAAGAAUUAGGGACUGGAUACAAAAUAGUGUCAUUGAAGAAGCUGACGAAGAAGAGGAAAGCAAUUAUGAACCCAGUGUCUAUGACGAUAGUGAUGUUGAGCUAGAAGAUCGAUCAAGACCUCACCCAAUUGACGAAAGCCAUCGGGUGACUUUAAGAUACGAUACAGAAAAACAUAUAAAUCCUAGAACUGGUGAAGUCAUAGAUGGAGUAAAACAUGCACCAGCUGAAAAAAAUCCAUUGUCUUACGAUGUACAAAAUAUUGAACCAGUUGCCCCUGCGAAUGUGGUUAGACGAUAUGGAGUUAAAGAAGACGGCUCUUCCCAUAGUUCUACUAAAGAUAGUGCAUACGGGUCUAUGGAAGUUAAAAUUAAUACUCCAAAAACAAGUACAAACAGAACUGAAAAUAAGCAAAUGUCAACAUUAACUACACCCACACAAAAUUCCCCCAGUAGAUCGUUGGCAGGAUCUUCGGUUCAGCUUAAUCCGUCUCCUUUAACAGUGCAUGCUCAACGAAUUCAGAGGAGUGAAGAGGUGUUUUCGAAGGAAAUGGAAAGCCUUAAAGGUAGUUCCUCGACACUUCAUUCGUUAGGGAAUUCUUCACGAUCAAAUAGCCUUCAUGUUGCACGACAAGGUUCAUUAGAUAAUACACCUGUUAUUAAUAGUGAAGUAGUGACACAAACAGAAAAUGUUAGUUUAGCAACGAAACCCAUUGAUCCUGUGGUAACACAAAAUGGAUUUAGUCCUGGUGGUAACACACAACAAAAACAACCAUCUAAUUCAUAUAUAUCAAUGAAAAGUUCUAUUUAUAAUGAAGUUAACAAUAGGAAUGAACAAAAAAUUAAAGUAGAAAAUUCAGUAAGUCAUCAACCAACAGAGAGUCCAUAUACAUCGAUGAUGAAUAUAGUUCAAGGUCAAAUGAAAAUUAAUCCACAUGGUAAUGAGGUGAACAAAAAUGUUGUCAAAAUGUCUGUGAAACCAUUUAAUACUAAGAAAAUAGUAUAGUUGCUCAAAAUGUUUUUAAUAUGUUAUUUUUACUAUGAAUUCUUUCCUCUAUUGAUAUCGUUAGUUAUUCUGUUUUUUUUUUCUUUAUUUUCCCUUACCAGUAACUAAUUAUAUAAAGUUCCAUUAUUUCUCUUGUGUCAGAUAAGUUAACAAGUAAGUAAUUCAGUAAUCGUCUUGACUGUUAAAUAUAAAACUUAGUUUUAAAAAGAUUUCCACUUCCAAUAAGACAUAAAUAUAACUGCAUAUUUGAAGACGUAAAAAAAAAAGCUGACACUGGGCUCUGAUGCUCAAUGGUUAAGGAAGAACCGGUAAAACGCUCAGAUGAGGGAAAGAGAGGUACUACUAAUUUGGCUGUUUUGUCGUUUUAUUUAUCUUUUUUUUUUCAUCACAGAGUACUCCUAUUCGGAGGGCUCAUCAACAUCGUCGACGGCAUUGCUAUAAUGAAUGAUAUCAAGUUCAGAAUCGUCAUUCAAUAAGUUGGAUUUAGAGUUUUGGCAAUUAUAUAUUAAUAAAGUCAACAGAUUUAUCUCGAGAGCUAACAAUUUACAAUAGUAAACGCAUGGUUAAAUAAUGGAGUGAACAGACGCUGAAUCAUAGAUAAGUAGUCUAGAUAGCUGAAGGAUUCCCCGAAAUUUCUUCGAAAGUGAGUCUUUGAUCAUACUAUAGUUUUGUAUUCGUUUAAAAGACGGUAUUAUUAUUAUGUAAUAUAGAUAUAGGAACAAAAUGCCUCAAAUUACAACAGAUUAUUAUUAUAUAACAGAUUAUAACUACGUACUUUAUUUAUCUAAUUUACAAUACAAUUUGGUUAAAUUUAUAUUUACAUUUUAAUUUAUUGACUUGGUGCACUUCUGUAAUUUUAUCAUGUAACAUUUUUAUUUCACAAACAUAUGAAACUCAUUAUGAGAAUGGACAUUUUUGUACUUAGUAUAUUUUUAUAAAUAAUUUUAUCGUUUUUACUUGUUCGAAAUUAUAUGAUAUUUCUUUUAUUUAA